AUGGACAACGAACGUUAUUACCCCUACUGGAUGGGAGGACGCGUUUGGAUUUUCUUCUUCUUCAACACCACCAUCACCACGACCAAAAUGGCUUGGCAGGUAAUCUACGAAGCGGCUAUCAAAGCCUUGACCGGGGUCGCCGCCUUUGCGACGGCAGCAGAGAAGGGGUCCCAGUUCGUCAACUUUAUGAGGGCCUGGAUAACUGGAAGGAAGAAGCAGGACGAUGCAGAGUCGGAUAUGGCAAACAUCCGGCCAUCGGGAGCAUCAGGUGGCGAGCCUGGUGCGGCGAUCGAUAAUCUUCUCGCUGCCCGCCAAAGGGAGAACGAAGACCUGGUGCGUGAGCUGGCAACCCUCCGGGAGACCGUAAACGGUUUUCAACGCCAACUCGGAGAAGCAAGCGCCCGGUCCGUCCUCCUGGUGGAGCAAGUCGGCGUCCUCCGCGAGGCCGCAAACGGUUUCGAAAAUCGCCUCGGAGUAGUCGAGAUGGAGAGAAAUGAGCUCCGGGAGAUCGUCAACGUUCUACAACGCCGGCUCGGAGCGUCCCUCCCGUAUCGACGAGUCGACGGAGUUCGGGGUCGUACGACCACCGGCUCCAGCAUUGCUUCUUCCCACAACCACCAAGAAUAG